AUGGAAGGUAACAAAGACGAAGCAUUGAGAUGCAUCCGAAUCGCCGAAGAAGCGAUUGCUUCUGGUAACAAAGAUCGCGCUCUCAAAUUCAUGAAAAUCGCUAAACGUUUGAAUCGCGAUUUAUCGCUUGAUUCCUUGUUCACAAAGUGCGAACGGCUCCAUUCUCAGUCCGCCGCCUCUUCCUCCGGCGUCGGCACCUCGGAUAAACCGGGGAGAACUAGAGACGUUGGUUUGAAUGUAGAGAGGACUUACACGGAGGAGAAUGUUAACUUGAUUAGGGAACUUAAAGGGAAAAGUGAUUACUAUUCGAUUUUAGGUUUGGAGAAGAGUUCAUCUGUUGAAGAGAUUAGGAAGGCUUAUAGGAAACUGUCUCUGAAGGUUCAUCCUGACAAGAAUAAAGCGCCGGGUUCUGAAGACGCGUUCAAGAAAGUUUCUAAGGCUUUUAAGUGUUUGAGUGAUGGUGAUUCUAGACGAGAGUAUGAUCAAGGAGGGUUGGUGGAUGAAUUUGAUUCGAAUUAUAAUCAGCAAAAUAGUUAUAGGCGGAGGAGGAGAAGGAAUACUACGAGUCAUGAUGUUUUCGAAGAGGAAUUUGAUCCGAAUGAGAUAUUUAGAGCUUUCUUUGGACAGCCUGAUGUGUUUGGGAGGAGAAAUCAUGUUUAUACGACUCGUGGAGGUGGUGGAAUGGGUAAUCAACAUCAGAGGCGUGAGGUUCAGGGUGGAGGAGGACAUUAUCUUAUGCUGAUGAUUCAGCUUCUGCCAUUGUUGAUCAUUCUGUUGCUUGCUUACAUGCCCUUUUCGGAUCAUGUAUAUUCCUUGCACAAGAAUCAGUCCUACCAGAUUCCAAAGGUGACGGAGGAUUAUGGGGUUCAGUUUUUCGUGAAAUCUCAGGCGUUUGAUGCUAAUUAUCCGAUUGGUAGUUCGGCUCGAAAGACCAUUGAGGAUAAUAUUAUAAAGGAUUAUAGGAAUAUGCUCCGUCGUUAUUGUCAAGUGGAAAUUCAGAGGCGUACUUGGAAUAGGAAUCUGCCUGUUCCUCACUGUGAAAAGCUUCAAAAUUUUGGUGUUCUAGUUUGA